AAACAAGAAGAUCCCACCUUACCAAAACAGAACAAAGAGUCUCUUGCUACUACAGCACAAGAAGCCAUGGCUUUCAGAUCAACAGGUCUUUGGAAACGCUCGCUGAAUCCUCUCAUAGGCGGCAAAAACAACACCAACACAAACACCUUCGCCACAUCAACUCUGCCCAAGACCAAACCAUACUCCCCAGCGGCGGAUCAUCAUCAAUUCGCGAGGAAGUCGUCGUCGUCGUCGUGGUGGCCGCCGAGGGGAGAGUACGCGCCGGUGUACGUGGCGCUGGGGUUCAUCGUGCUGUCGGCGUCGAUGGGGCUGCACACGGUGGCGCACCAGAUGCUGUACAGCCCGUCGGUGCGGGUGAAGAAGAGGCUGAGGGAGACUUUGCCGGAGGUGGUGGAGCCGGAGAAGGUGGUGGACGAGUCGACCAGGUUUUUGGGCCACUCGUGGUUCAGGAAAGUGGCCCAUGUCCAGGAGUUCAAGAGCGGGAUUCAGACCUUGCCUCGCCCUACUGCUGAGACCGGCGAUGUUUAUGCCCGCCCGCCCGCGCGCGCUGAGACACUCGAGUCCGUCGGAGUCGAUCCACGGCGGCCCUGAAUUUUUUUUUUUUUUUUUGCUCCGACGGAAACUUGAUCAAAUUAGGAGUUCUAAUGUUGUAUGUUGUUUGUUUCCCUAAGACGCUCUACUCUGUAAGUCUACUUCUCGAGCUGAAUGUAAUUUCCAAUUUAAAGCCUGCCCGCUCCGGUGACGGCGGCAACCAGCCUUCUCACCACUAUCACCAUUUUAAUUCCCAAACCGUACCAUAUCAGCGGUGGAACGAACCGCCAUUGAAAGAAAGAAUGACAAGGUCA